UGUAGUUCUUGGUCGAGCUGAAGAGCAGUCCGGAUCUGACCAUCUAGAAGAAACAACAUCAUGCUUUCUGUAGCUCUGUUUUGUCUUGUGGCUGUGAUUUGUUCUGCAACAUGGGGACAUACUUUGCCCCUCUACACCGAGUCCAACCAGGCGCCACAAGCAGAUUUCAUUCAGAAGUUAAUGUCAGAAGUGGAGGAUGGCGUCUCGGUUGCCGAGGGAGAUAAGAGAGAGAUGAAUAACUUGUAUCCGCUACUGAUCCAAGAGAAUGGAGAAAGAGACUCCUGGAAGACAGGUGAAAAAGACUCGGCACAACAAGAUAAAUUUGCUAAUAUGGUUGAGGACCUUAAAGAUGCGGUGAUAAAGCUGGCGGCGGCCGACAAGCUUCGCUCUCAGGGCUUUGUCAGAUCAGGGCAGAGUUUACCAAAAACAAACAAGAGAGCAUGUUUCUGGAAGUACUGUGUGACCAACUAGGACUCAGCAGCCGAUCCUUCGGUGUGGUUCGAGUGUGGCCCUGUUGGGGACUCUUUCCCUCACUAUCAUCGUUUUUGUUUCUCAUCAAAUGGCAUGUUUAUCCUGUCUACUGGAUCAAAGGAAAAUAUAUUUUUAAAAAUGUAAAAUUGUCUUUUUUUG